UGCAUUGCAGACCUUGAAAAAUUAAGAAAACUUCCAAACCUUUCAUUGUUGCACAUGUUCCAGGUACUCCCAGCCGCUGCAUGAGGAGAUCGCUCUGCACAAGAGGCUGAAGCACAGGAACAUCGUCCAGUACCUGGGCUCGGUCAGCCAGGACAGUUUCAUCAAGAUCUUCAUGGAGGAAGUACCAGGAGGAAGUUUGUCCUCUCUCCUGCGCUCCAAAUGGGGUCCUCUGAAAGACAACGAAGCCACCAUCAUAUUCUACACCAAACAGGUCCUCGAGGGGCUCAAAUAUCUCCAUGACAACCAAAUCGUCCACAGAGACAUUAAGGGUGACAAUGUAUUGAUCAACACGUAUAGUGGAGUAUUGAAGAUCUCGGACUUUGGAACCUCCAAACGUUUAGCAGGGAUCAACCCCUGCACUGAGACAUUUGCUG